AUGAUCUAUCUAUCUAUCCCAUUAUUCGGACUCAUCAUUAUCUACGCUCUAUUGGAAUCUAUCCCUUUAUUUCGCUCUAUCCAUUGCCUUAACCGGUCAUUGAACUCCACCCUAUCUAUCUAUCUAUCUAUCUAUUUAUCUAUGCCUGCCUAUCUAUCUAUCUAUCUAUCUAUCUAUCUAUCUAUCCCUAUCAUUUUAUCAUUAUCUAUCUAUUUUCAUCUAACACAGACUAUCCAUCGUUAUCUAUCUAUCUAUAGAGUGUGCAUUUUGAGUCUCUCUCUUUCUCAUCUAUCUAUCUUUCUUUCUGUCUAUCUUUUUCUAUCAUCGUGUGUUUUUUCUAUGUAUUUCAUCAACGUCUUUAUUGCUCUAUUUCUGACAAUCUAUCUAUCUAUCUAUCUAUCUAUCAUUAUCUAUCUAUCUAUCUAUCUAUCUAUCUAUCUAUCUAUCUAUCUAUCUAUCUAUCUCAGUCUCGUCAUUAUCUAUCUAUCUAUCUAUCUAUCUAUCUAUCUAUCUAUCUAUCUAUCUAUCUAUCUAUCUAUCUAUCUAUCUAUCUAUCAUGGCCAUAAUUAUCUAUCUAUCUAUCUAUCUAUCUAUCUAUCUAUCUAUCUAUCUAUCUAUCAAUCCCACUUGGUUCAUAUUUCUGUUUGUUUUAUUUUGUCUCUCCCCUUUUCUCUUUCUAAAAUCACACUUCAUUUUAGUGGAUACCCAUUUUGA